AUGGUUUUUCUUCUCAUUUUAUCAGCAACACAUGCAUUGAGUAUAGAUUUGAGUCCUCUUCUUCUUCUUCUCCAAUUCAACCCAUUUACCCAACUCUUGAACCACAAUUAUAAUUUAAGAAUUGAAAUAUUUGGAGUAGGAAUAACCAGUAUUAAAUCAUCAGUUGAUCUUCCAUCUAGACAGAAUACAGAGCUUGUUGGACAACUUUUAAAUUGGACUCAUUGCAAUCGAUUGGUUCAUCCAAAUAGUGGAAAGUGUUUGUUUAAUUUGACACUUCCAAACAAAAGAGUUGUAGUAUAUCCUGGAGAAAAUAAUACUAGAUUAUUUAUGCAAUCUAAAACGGUAUAUUGGAUAGAAGGAGGAGCUGAAUCUGGUUUAUUGGUCGAUGGAAAAGAAAGAAGAAUUGAUUUGUAUUGUAGAUCCUCUAUCCUUGUUCCUCAACCAGGACAUCCAAUACAUUCAUUCAUCCUCAAGUAG